CUUUCGUACAAAGUUAACUCAAGGUACGUGACGCACCAUGAAAGGUUUGUUCAUACAAUAUUCCCGACAAUUCCUCCCAGUCCAACCAAAGAAUUUCAGCUUUACGAUAUUGGUUUGUGCAUUUACUUAGCUGCGAUCCCUCUCAACAAUGGCUGCGAGUCAUGAGUCAAAUUAUUCUAGUAAUGAGGACAACAAUGCCAAUUUUGCUGCAAAGACCCAGGGGCGCCUACUGCAGUUGAAGAAGGGGCGAGAUGAGCGCAUGAAUGCUAUUGUCCAGGAUUCCGCUACAGAGACGGACAAGUUACGCACCAGCAUCGCCAGGUUUCAACAAGAUCGACGAACAAAAGAAGUCCGCUCCAUUGCCAUUUCUGUGAGCAGGAUUAUUGAAGCAGUAGAGCGUAGGAAAGGCAUUGAGCAGCAGAUGGACACACUCGUUUCUCGUCUGAUCAACAAGACCCGGGAGGUUGAGAGCAUGAUGAAAAUAGGCCUUCGAGGCAGGGAAGACGAUAUGAAGAAGAUCAAAUGACUGGAAUUCACGGCCAUGUUUUCUUGUUGGGACAUUUCAUUCUUGGGCGUCAUGAGACGGGCCAGUGGAAAUGAACCUGCGCAUGAGCCUAUGAUGGACACUCACAAUCAACGAAACCCUCAAAGCUUUUAUGAGUUCUUUGCGCUACUCUCAUUGACGCGGAGACCCUCAAGGACAAGUCUUUGCGAAUGUGCAUCGCUUACUAGUUAAAUGGACAUAUCACGCCACUGCUGACCAUCAAUGUUUACCAUAUUCUCCGGAGGGGAACAUGCAUGGAUUGCCCUUUAUUCUACAUUUAUCGAUCUGUUAUACACGGCUA